AUGGCCGCACCAAACACAUGCAGGUCCGGUGGCAUUUCAUUCGGGAGAUGGUAGCUGCGGGUGAGGUGAUUUUGCAGUGGUGCCCUACCAACCGUCAGGCUGCUGAUAUUCUUACCAAGUCUCUUCCAUUUGAGCGUCAUGGUGUGUGCAUGACCUUGCUCGGGAUGCAGCCCCAUGAUGACAGAGUUCCCGCAGCAGAUGCCGGCGUCUUGGUGCUCCUCUCCUUGGCGGACUCCAUGCUCUGGGUGGCCCCAACCCUGGGCAAGGGGGAGUGGUGUGAAGGCAUUUGCCCUAUGGUGUUGAGCCACACCCAGCACGAGCAAGGGGGAGUGAUAAAUGUGUAGUGUUCUGUGGUGUGAUUUGCUCUAGCUGGCUGUGGGCUAUUGGGAUUUGGGCAAAAGAAUUGGGUUGGUUGGCUAGGUUUGAUCUCGUUACCUUUCCAACCCAUACUACCCCAUACCCACUACAACAUCUUUGAUGUUGCAGCUGUGGCACUUGGGAGUGUUAGGGUUUGGUUCAGGGCGAGGGUUGGUGUUGUUUGACAAUCAAAUACUCGAACUUUUCCAGAUCGAACUGCUUCCCUUCUCGUUUUUACUAGGUGAUUCAUGGCUGCCUAGCCAAAUUACCAGAAGACCCCCUCACACUGAUUUCGUCAUAAU